AUGUUGUUGUCCUCGCCCAGGCUGUUCUCUGCCGCUUGCAAGGUAAAACCAGCUGCCCCCCAGUUACAGCCAGCCUUCAACAGAGUCAGGGGCGUACUCUUCCUCUCCAGAUUCCCAUCCGCGUCGCCAUCCCCCUCCUGGAAGGUCCGCUUCAGUUCCACCUCUGUCCACCCCGACAUGGAGACGGUCGACACCAGCUACCAGCUCUCCCAGCUGCGCAGGCUCAUGAGGGAGCGCAAGGUGGACAUAUAUAUCAUUCCGUCCGAAGACAGCCACUCAUCCGAGUAUAUCGCACCCUGCGAUGAGAGGAGGAAGUUCAUUAGCGGAUUCAGCGGUUCCGCGGGUUGCGCCGUAAUCACACACGACAAGGCUGCCCUGGCCACCGACGGCCGAUACUUCAACCAGGCAACGAAACAGUUGGACAACAACUGGACCCUUCUCAAGCAGGGCCUACAGGACGUUCCCACGUGGCAAGAAUGGUCUGCAGACCAGUCUGCCGGCGGCAAGGUCGUUGGUGUGGACCCAACAUUGCUUACCAGCUCGACCGCUGAGAAGCUGGCCGAGAGCAUCAAGCGGAAGGGAGGACAGGACCUGACCGCUGUCACCGAGAACCUGGUCGAUAUCAUCUGGGCCGAUGGCAAGCCCCCGCGUCCGAAUGAGCCUGUGAAGCUGCUGCAUCAGAAGUAUGCCGGUAAAGACACCAAGACGAAGCUCGAGGAGCUGCGUAAAGAGCUGGCCAAGAAGCACCUGGACUGUUUUGUCGUGUCAAUGCUGGACGAGAUCGCUUGGUUGUUCAACUUACGCGGAAACGACAUUCCGUACAACCCCGUAUUCUUUUCUUACGCCGUGAUUACAGCUGACCAGGCCACAUUAUACAUCGACUCGGUGAAGCUCGACGACGAGAGCCGCAACUAUCUUGCCGAAUCUGGUGUUACAGUCAAGCCCUACGAUAGCCUCUUCGACGACGCUAGGGCGCUGAGCAAUACCGAUUCCAUAGGCACUGACGCUAAUGGCUAUGAGAUAGUGACAAACAACAAAUUUGCCAUCUCCACAAAAGGCUCAUGGGCGUUGAAGCUGGCACUGGGUGGCGAUGAGGCCGUCGAGGAAAUCAGGAGCCCCGUCGGCGAUGCCAAGGCCGUGAAGAACGAGACGGAGCUGGAGGGCAUGAGGCAAUGUCACAUCCGAGACGGCGCGGCACUGACUGCCUAUUUCGCAUGGCUGGAGGACCAGCUGGUCAACAAGAAGGCCACGAUAGACGAGGUGACGGCGGCUGACAAGCUGGAGGAGCUUCGGUCCAAGCAGAAGGACUUCGUCGGGCUGUCGUUCCCCACGAUAUCCUCAACAGGGGCCAAUGCGGCCGUCAUCCAUUACCAACCAGAGCGGGGCAAUUGCUCAAUCAUAGACCCGAACGCCAUAUACCUGUGUGACUCCGGUGCACAGUUCCUUGAUGGCACAACGGAUACAACUCGAACACUACAUUUCGGCACGCCUACGGACAAGGAGCGCCAGGCAAACACCCUAGUUCUGAAAGGAAACAUCGCCUUGGACAGAGCCAUCUUUCCCAAGGGCGUGACUGGAUUCGCCAUCGAUAGCUUGGCGCGCCAAUUCCUCUGGCGAGAGGGUCUGGAUUAUCGUCAUGGCACCGGCCAUGGUGUAGGCUCUUAUCUGAAUGUCCACGAGGGCCCAAUUGGGAUAGGAACUAGGAAGCAGUACUCUGAAGUCUACAUGGCAGCCGGAAAUGUGACUUCUAUCGAGCCGGGCUAUUACGAAGAUGGCAAGUUCGGCAUCCGCAUCGAGAACAUCGCCAUCGUAAAGGAGGUCAAGACGGCCAACCAGUUCGGUGACAGACCGUUCCUUGGUUUUGAGCAUGUGACGAUGACACCCUACUGCCGGAACCUUAUCGACGUGAAGCUUCUGACUGAAGAAGAGUUGGGGUGGCUAAAUGACCACAACAGAGAGAUCUACGAGAAGACGAAAGACUUGCUCAAAGGGGAUGAAGUCGCGCUGGCUUGGUUGCAGAGAGAGACAGCACCAUUCUAG